AGGUAGGGUCGUUCUUUCCCUCCCAGUAAGUUUCUGUCAAUAAUCUCUGAGAUUUACACAUCAUGCCUACCUUUUCACUAUCAGCAUUGCUAGCCUUGUCCUCAGUGGCAUCAGCAUGGCCACACUUUGGUCCUCCUAAUCCUCCUCUUCACCCGCUACCUAAGUCAUCAGCUUGGAACUUGAAGAAAUUCACUAGCUUGGUCGCUUUCGGAGACAGCUACACUGACGAUUCUCGUCUUGGAUACUUUGGCUCUCAUAACGGCAGCGCACCUCCAGUCGGAUGGAUCAGCCCAGCAAACUACCACUCUGCAGAUGGUGGUCGUCCUUGGCCUCAAUACGUGGCUCAAUACUCCGGUGCUAACAUCUACAAUUACGCUGUAUCGGGAGCAGUCUGCAGCAACAAUAUCACUCCUCGCACAUUCUCCAGCAUCAAUGCCCUUUUCCCUGACAUUGACGGCUACGAACUCCCUGCCUACCUUGCUGACAGCAAAUACGUCUAUCCUAAUGGCACAAAAGCAUUGAACGUGCCUGUGGACUCGACUGUCUACUCCAUCUUUAUCGGCACCAACGACCUCGGCAACUACGCCUUCAUCGACGACAGUCAAGUCGCCAACAAGACCAUCCCCGACUACAUCGACUGCGUAUACACUCAAUUCUCCCGCCUUUACGCUUCCGGCGCCAGAUAUUUCGUCCUUCAGAAUGUUUCUCCGCUGCAAUUGAGUCCUCAGUAUGGUUUGCCAUCUAAGGGUGGCUUGAACGCUACCCAGUACUGGCCCGAGAAGCCGGCGAACACGACAGAAGUUUCUGGCAGAAUGUUGGAGACUGUCACGACGGUCAACGAUGUGUUCAAGUAUCGCACGCCAUUCGAGAUCUUGGUGAACAAGAAGUUCCCCGGUGCUCACUUUGCUCUGAUGGAUAUGUACGGUUUGAUUACCGAUAUGUACAACAACCCUUCGCAAUAUCUCAACGGCACGAACCCCACUGUCACCGGCUAUGUCAACCACUGCACCACAGCUGGAACUAACUGCGUUGCUGCUUCCAACCCUGAUUCGUACCUUUGGUACGAUCCUUUGCACCCCAGCGAGCAGGCCGAUCGUGGCUUUGCUAAAGCUUUCAUUGAUGUGGUCAAUGGAAACAGCAAGUGGGCCACUUACUACUCUGGUUAGAGUCGGUAUAUAACUACCCACAAAGAUUUUUGUUAUGCGAAGCCACAUUAUGCAAUGUUGAUAUGAAUGCACAAUGAACACGG